CCGGUUGUGCGGAGUGUGUAUGUGUGUGAAAGUGCAGUGAAAUUAUGUUAAAAUAUCAAGUGUUCUUAGUGAUAAAUUUAGUGUUUAAGUGAAAAGUGUGUGCAUUCAUGCAGCGGUUUUCCUAUAAUGGCUUUGGAUUUACGCCUGCACUCUCCUGCAGGCGCAGAACCUGUUGUUUAUACAUGGCCCCUCACUUCAGGUCAUGGUUCGGACAAACACGAUGGGGCUCUGGAAAUAGUAGAAACUAUAAGGUGGGUAUGCGACGACGUGCCGGACAUGAAGGCCGCCCUCGAGAACAACAUCCUGAGCGACUACGACACCCACUCUUACGAGAGCAUGCGAGCGCUCUGCGAACGAUACAACCGCGCCAUUGACUCUGUCGUCGCAUUGGAGAAAGGAACGUCACUGCCGGUUCAGCGAUUGAACAAGUAUCCAUCUCGAGGGCUGCUAAAACACAUACUCCAGCAGACGUAUAACCAAGCCGUCGCAGACCCGGACAAGCUUAAUCAAUAUGAGCCCUUCUCACCCGAGGUAUACGGUGAGACGUCAUACGAGCUGAUAGCUCAGAUGAUCGAUCAGAUCGACAUCACGUCGGAAGAUGUGUUCGUCGACCUGGGCUCGGGCGUGGGGCAGGUCGUGCUGCAGAUGGCGGCCGCGACCCCCUGCCGGAUCUGCUUCGGAGUCGAGAAGGCUGAGGUGCCGAGUAAAUACGCGGAGUGUAUGGACUCAAAUUUCAAAAUGUGGAUGCGAUGGUAUGGCAAAAAGUAUGGAGAGUAUAAAUUAAUAAAGGGCGACUUUCUUAUGGACGAGCACAGAGAAAAGAUAAACGCCGCGACAAUAGUGUUCGUAAACAACUUCGCGUUCGGGCCACACGUGGACCACCAGCUCAAGGAGAGAUUCGCGGACCUGAAGGACGGAGCCAAGAUCGUGUCGUCCAAGAGUUUCUGCCCGCUCAACUUUAGGAUAACGGACCGGAACCUCAGCGACAUCGGCACCAUCAUGCACGUCAGCGUCAUGUCGCCUCUCAAGGGCUCCGUGUCCUGGACGGGGAAGCCAGUCUCGUACUAUUUACACAUUAUAGAUAGGACCAAAUUGGAGAGAUACUUUCAAAGACUGAAAAAUCCGAAACUCAAGGUCAGCAAAAGGGGUGCGGAGGAGGAGGGCAAGCGCAACCUGAGCGCGCCGCCGACGCGGCAGCCGACGCCCGACCUGCUCAACGGCAACAGCAACCACAGCUCCGCCUCGCUGCCCGAGCGCCGCCGCAAGGUCACCCGGCCGCGCGCUGUCAGGGGCGAGGCGGGGCGCACGCGGGCGCGCGCGGCGGCGGCCAAGCGGCGCGUGGCGGCGCGGCGCUCCAGCGACGACAGCGACGACGACUCCUCCGCCACCGACGACGCGCCCGGCCCCGAGCCCGCGCCGCGCGAGUGGGGCGCGCCCUGGGCCUCCAGCUCCGACUCCAACCGCAGCCGGCGCGGCACGACGAAGCGCAGCGCGUCGGCGGGCGGCGCGCGGCGGCGGGCGGCGCGCAGCAGCAAGCGUCGCCGCGCCGCGCCGCAGGCCAUCGCCGGCCUCGACCUGCUGCACGACACCACGCUCGCCUCCACCGAGCGCAGCGGCGCGGAAACAGCACCGCCGCCAGGCUGCGUAGGCCAGCGUCUCUCGGCCCUAGGCGGGCUACAGUCAGCCGAGCGCCUUCACUCCGAGCUGGACAUCCCGCGUUCGCCCCACCCCUACAGCCUGCAACUCCUCCUAGACAUGUUCCGCGACCAGUACCUCGCCUUCAUACAGCGCAUGAACUCGCCCGACUUCGCGCACGAGAUCCGCCACCAGAUCGACAAGGAGAAGGAGCGCAACCAAAAACUAAAAUCUCGCGCUUCACAACUCGACAAACAGAUCAACGUGCUAAUAAGCGACAGCGUGGCGCUCCUCAAGGCGCGCAUGACAGAGCUCGGCAUCCACGCCAACAACACCGUGGACCUGCUGGCCAAGGCGAAGGAGAUCGUCGGCCGCCACAAGGACCUGCAGAGCAAGGCCAGCAAGCUGCAGCAGCAGGUUAACAACAUUGAAGCAGAACAGGCUAUACUCGUUAAACAACGGACAUUUGAGAUAACAGAAAAGUAUCGCCAACUAGGCCACAUACCUCCAGACAUGGAGAUCACUCAGAACGUAGCACACGACUGCAUACUCAGAGAAAUAACGGCCACUCUUGCACACCGGAAAAGAUUACAAGCGCAAGUAGGACAUUUGCAAGGAGAAAUAAUCCAAAUGGAACGAGCUAGUGAACAUCAGAAGGUGAAUGUGCCGUCUGUUCCCGUGGCAACAGUGAAACCCCAUACGGUGAACUCGAAACCGCGCAAGUCUCGAGAGCACCGCUCGCGCUCACAAGAGUGGCCCGAUGUGCCAGAUAUGGGCAAGAUAGAGGAGCAGAAUCCGGAGCUGCUGGCACAGAAGAUUCUGGAGACUGGACGGCAGAUUGAGGCGGGCAAGAAGACGCCGAACGUGAUCGUGAACGGGUACAUCCGCGACGAGCACCGCGGCGGCGGCGGCGGCGGUGUGUCCCCGCGGCCGCGGCCGCUGCACCGCGCGCCGCCGCAGCCGCCGCGGCCCGCGCGCCCGCGCUCGCCCGGCAAGCCGCUCAACGUCGUCGGCAAGGUGCAGGAGUCGCCCAAGGUCAUCAACUUCGAGGACCGCCUCAAGAGCAUCAUCACCUCCGUGCUCAACGAGGAUCAGGAGCAACGUAAAGCGUCUCGGCAACCGCCCGCGCCGAAUCACGCGUACAGUAACGGCUACGUGCGGCAGUCGGCGCAGCAACCCCACCCGCAGCAGCACCCGCAACACGUGCAGCACUCGCAGCACGGGCAGCACUCGUCGCACGGGCAGCACGCGCCGCACUCGCCGCACGGGUACUCGCGCGCGCCCGCCGCCGCGCCCGCGCCCGGCUUCCCGCGCUCGCGCGACUACCGCCGCGAGCGCUACUCGCACGCGCAGUACGAGCGCCGCGCGCACCUCGAGCGCGACCUGCGCCACCAGCCCGACUACACGCAGGUAUCGCCAGCGAAGCUAGCAUUGCGGCGUCAUCUGUCGCAGGAGCGCCUGGCCGCGCCGGCGCCGGCGCGCACCAUCGGCGACCUGGUCAACGGCGAGAUCGAGCGCACGCUCGAGAUCUCCAACCAGAGCAUCAUCAACGCCGCCGUGCACAUGUCCGCGCGCUACCAGGACCCGCCGAACCCGCCGCACCAGCCGCUCGAAGGUCUAGCGGCGUGCCUGCAGGCGCGCGUGCUGGCGUCGGAGUACUGGCGCGGGCGCAACGGCGGCGCCGGCGCGCCCGGGCCCGACGACGAGCGCCGCCGCUCGCCGCCGCCCGACCCGCACUCCAACACCUCCACGCCGCUCGUGGACGAGCUGCCCGACGCGUCGAGGCCCAACGGCGAAGGUGGCGAGGAGGUCGAGGAGAGCAAGUGGCAGGACCGGAUAGACUUUCGCUUCGACCAGAUAAUAUCGUUCGCGUCCACCGCCAUCGAGGACAAGCGGCGGCGGUCGGACGAGGCGUACAACACGUCGCCCGACUCCGGCAUCGGGCACGGCGACACGCGGCCGGGCGCGCCGACCCGAGCGGCGCCGCCGGGGCCCGCGCCGGCGCCGGCGGCGGACGCGCGCGCCGCCUCGCCGUCGCAGGCGCAGGCGCAGGCGCAAGCGCAGGCGCACCACUUCAAGAAGCGCUUCUUCCGGCGCGAGCGCUGGGACGCGUGGUCGGGCGCGCCGCCGCCCGCCGCCGUGGACUGGGAGCGGCCGGCGAUGUGACGCCCGCGCACCUAGCGCUGCCCGGAGUGCCGCUUCCUCCACCCCUGCGUCUAGUGAUUCCUCCGACACCGGACACGAGACACGAGACACGCCCCGCGACGCGGCGGACCUAUGUAACAUAGUGCUCCGCGAGUCGCCCGAGGUCGCUCGCUCUCGUACCGACCCCGACGGUUUUUUUUUGUUAUUUUUUCGAAUAUAUUAUAAUGUAAUUAUGUAUAUUAUUGAGUUUAUAUUAUGUUUAAGAAUUGUAAUUAUAAUAAUUAUAAGAUUUAUAAGUUCACGCGGCCGUUCCGUUCGAGCGCUUCGUAGGUCGACGGCACCUCGACGGAUCGUAUUUCAUGUGUUCAUUUAGGUCCUAGAUUCUGAAAUACGCGGUUCGCUAGUGAUGCGGCGAUCGUUUUUUUCGCCGGUCAUUCGAUGAAUGUUUGUUGUUUUAUGAGUUUUAUUUUUUGACGUUACGGAUAGCUCAGUCUGAAUAAUGUUGAUCAUUUCUGUGGAGAAUCUUAAGAAAUAGUGUGUAUCGAUAGCGAGUUGUACAUAUUAUGGACGUAGAUUAUUGUAAGUGAUGUAUGUGAAGGAUCAUUGUGUAGUCUCGUUUGAUGCAUGUAGUACUGACAACUGACUGGCGCCAAAUACUGACUGAAACUGCAGCUGUUGCCUUAGCCGCAUUCGUAAAUCUAUUUAUUACACAGAGACGACUUUCUUUUUUUAUUUUAAAUAUUUUAAUAUACAAAAGAAAGAAGCAAUAAAUUACGCGAAUUAGGUUUCUGUAUUAUCUCGGUAGGGGUCGACUAGAAAAUUAGUUAUAUGUCAGCGCAAUUUAAAAUAAAAACUAGCUUACUCGUAUUAGCUUUUAAAUAGAAUAAUGAAGUACUCUUUCACCAAAAUGUUUCUUAGCACUAGCCUGGGUGUCCUGACAUAAUAACUGUGAUUUUUAUAUACGAAACUGAAUCAAAUUGAUCUAAACAUGAGCUGUUAUAGACCGGCGGCAAGAGCUUUUUCUUUUUGUGUGUAUGUAUACAGUGUUUUAACAACUGAACUAUUAGCAUUAUAGGGUGCUGUUUUAUUUAUUUUUUCUUACUUAUUAGGAUUAUUACGUAUGUCUAAAUUGUAUAGUGCCAAAUGAUCAUGUCGACUUUUAGAAAAUAUUUAAUUUUUUAUAAGAUAAAAUGUACAUUUUAAAUUGAUUUUGUUGAUUUUGCAUGGAAACGCACAAUUUUAUUAGGUUUGGUUUUUUUAAACGCGGUUUUUUAAAUUGUGACUACAUUGUUUUAUCACUGCUUAAAAAUUAUGAACAAGAUCAGAUAUACAGAUGUGUCAUAACAAACACAAUGUGUCCUCAGUUCCUAAGAUAAUAUAACACGUUUUAGACACGCAGCGACCACAGGCUAUGCACGCGUGGCGUGAAGAUUUUGCAUGAUCAAGGAACUGCCAUUUUAUACCCUCAAGGGAAAUGAGACUACAGGAGUAAUGAUCUACGAGUAGAUUUGUAGACCGCGAAAAUGACUUAUCAAUUAGACGAAAUGUUCCGAAACCCAUAUUGUUCAAUAGGUAAGGGAAUCCCAGAAGUAAGCGAAAAAACCUAAGUGUUCAUGUCUUCAUUAGUUCAUUAUGUUUGUAGUUUAUACAUUUUAGUGUAAAUCGAUAUUAUACCAUUUUAAUGUUCAUUAUGAGUUAAAGGAUAGAAUUGGAAUGUGUUAUAUUUAACUGAAAUGUAUGUAAAAAGAAAGCUACUCACUGCCAUCAUCGGGUAUUAGGAAACUAGUUAAUUAUUUAGGUAAAUUAUAAUUUUUUGCCUUGUACUUAUUUCUGGGACAACCCGAAAAAUAGAUCAGCUAGCAAAUUUAUAUUAGUGUAGGUGUACAAUUAUACAACUAUUUUCAUAAAUAAAUAGAAGAUAUAAGCGAUUUGUUGUUGCAGGUUGUUAUAAAUGAUAGACAGUCGGCGAAUGCUAGACAAUAUCGCACGCAUUACUUAUAAAACAUACCUGUUCCCAAACAAUUCACACUGCUUUCACUUAAUUGUAUCUCUUUGCUGAUAUUAAAAAAAUAAACUAGUAAAACUCACAUCAUUGACCAUCUUAACCUUGUCACCCUUUAAGAACUUAAUAACAAUAAAAGUACAUAAUAUACGUGAUAAGUGUGUUAAAAAAUGUUUAUGAACAGGUCGUGUCAACACUGCGUUUUCGGCUGUGAGUCGUGCACCGAACACACCGGACCCAUGCGGCGGCCGACGUUCGGUGGACGCUCUCACUUUAAGCGCUAGGCCAUGAAUCAAACCAAACGGACAGACACAAGUAAUUUCGCCCACUUGGACUAAUCCGCCUUCUAGAAUUAAGAUCUUCCAGUAUG